AGAUAAGAUGCAGAAUUCAAUGGUUGAAAUACUUUCAAAAGUGGAUGCAGGAAGAUCUGUUGGGAUUGAACUAAUAAACAGGACAAAGUCAAUCACCCUGAACUUUAAAAGCUCCUUCUGUGAAAGUGGCCAUAUGCUGUCACCGCCAUCCUCAACUGUCUCUCCUGGAUCAAAAGAAAUCUGCAUAUUUGUGAAAACACCUGGCACAGCCUGUGGCAGCGUGGGACUCAUUGUGUAUCAUUUUCAAAGAAAUUCACUUGUCGUAAUGUUCUCAAAUCCUUUUGACCGUAAUAUUUUCAGCACCAUCUGUGGUGUCUGGAUCACUGAUGAAACUGUCCAAGCUGACCAUGGUCUUUUUAAUGAUUUGUACUAUGAUAAAAUGCCAUCACUCUCAUUUCAGCGUCUUGUGGUUGGAAGGGAUACUCAGGCUCUUGAGGUUAGCAAAGACAAUGUUGUUGUUAAAGCCACAAUGUCUGAUGAUUAUAAGGCUAUCCUCAAACUUGAAAUAACAGAUAAGAAUUAGCCAAUUUUUAAAGGGCUAUUACUCAUAUAUAUAUAUACAUAUUAGCCACAUCUUUAAAGAGAUACUACUUAGAGAAAUGACCAUUGACUACUUUGGUCUUUAUAACAGAUUAAAAGUAGCUGUAAGAAUAUAUAUGACCAUACUGACACCAUUUUGUCUCUACUACUCCAUUUUGUUUAAGCUACAUUACAUUUUAGAUUAGUUCAUUAUAAUGGAGUUUAGUAUGCUGUGAAUAAAUAUGCUGGUGUGAGACUCACUUUACUCUUCUGCUUGGGUUAUGCUCACUUACUGUCCCCCCGUGUUAAUGAGCUGUAUCUGAACACAAUUCAACAAAAACACUAAACCACAUUCAUUAAAUUAUCAUUUUCACUAACAGAAUCCAUUUCAGUAAAAUCUACAGCUGCAGCACUUACUACAAUAAAAUGUGAAUGAAACACUGCUCUCUCUGCCUCUCUCCCUUUCCUGCUCUGUAAGGAUUCAGGAAGUGACAGUGGAACAUUCCACUGCACUUAGAGGGGAAGAACAGAACUCUCUUUUUCAGCUUUCAGCUUCACAGGACAGCAACAAACUAAAUUAAAGUAGUUUUUUUCCGUUUUUGUUUUGUUUUAUAUUAUUUAACAUCCAGCCCCAACCCUAAAUUCCACUUACUAAUGCCUCUCACUGGAUUGGGUCAGCCCAAAUGGGACUGCCUCAAAUAAGCAGAUAAUGGGCCAUGCAAUGAUCUUAACCACUUUCAUCCAGUAGAUGGCGCAGCAUGUUGUGUAAUGGUGGGCAGACCUGCUUGUGCCUCUCCAUUGCACAACAUGUAGCUGUGAAAAAAAAAAUGCUGGGGGAAAAAAUAGCAAUUUUUUUUAUUUUUUUAAAGCCAAUAAAAAAAAUAUAUUUAUUUUUGCCCAUAUGAGAGGUGAAGCACUGCCUCACCUGCCUCUAGUGACUGCACAUCACUGGUGUGAGUUACCUAUCUUAAAAAUGUGUUCUUGCUAUUUCCUUGGCCGAACGCCCAGAUACACAUUUAUCAACAUUUCACUGUUCCUUAGUGUACUCAAGAUUUUACUGUGGUCUUUUAUUCUUAGCUAUUCUCUGUAAAAUGGCACAACACUGUAUAACCUCAUGUAAUGUAACUAUUUUAACUUUAUAAGCACAGUCCUACAAAAUAAUAAACAGAGCAGACUUAUAGACUAUAUUUUGUGCGGGUGUCUGAUUUUGCUCUCCAAGGCCUUGUAUGGUGAAAAGCUCAGCUCCAGUGAUAGUGAAAAAUAGUGCUAAAGUGAAAAGUGGUAUCCCGGCCCUGAGAGGACCUCUAAAUUUAGCCAAAUCUCUAAAGUGUUAUGAUCAAUAUCUUCUGUGCUAUUUCUAUACUACCUGCUUCACCUGAACCCAAAAAAAUGCUUGAGUCUACCCAAAUAAAAAUGUAUUAUCAA